CAUGUCCUACAACUGGACGGUACGGACUAUAAGAGUUUUGAUGGCUUUGCCAAACAAGUGGCCGAUAUUGUGGGCGACAGGGGUUUGGAUACUCUCAUCAAUAACGCCGCAAUUGUACUGAGAAAUAAUUUGAAUAUUGUUACCGCCGAUGAUAUGGUGAACAACUUUAAGGUCAAUUCCGUGUCGCCCUUAAUGCUUACGAAAGCCCUUUUGCCUAUCUUAAAACAGUCAGGAGCUACUACGCGUAAAACUAUGGUAGUGAACAUUUCAUCUAUAGGUGGCUCUAUUACUAUUGCCCCCAACUUACUGCCAACAAUGUACUAUCCCUACUGUCCGAGUAAAGCUGCCCUUAAUAUGAUUACUAAAUGCUUGUCCAUUGAUUUGGCCCCACAUGCUAUUAUGGCUGUUGCUAUACACCCGGGCAGUGUUCAGAGGGAUGUGGACGACACCGAUGGAACUAUCCCAAUGGAAACUAGUGUUAAUAAUCAACGAGGUGGUAACGAUAAGUUUCAAAUAUUGCACCAAAACAAACAAUUGAUAUUAGAUAUAAAGGCGUCUAUUAAAUGGUUUGACGAACAAAUUGCUCAUAAUUUGUUUGUCAAUACGAUCGUGGUCAUUUGUUGCAUAAUGAUGUCCAUAUAUGUGACCACAUCCUUAUGGCAAAAUAUACAGUCAAUGUCCACUGUUAUAGCGCUGUCGUCGGUGUCAUUGACUGUACAACUGGUGGUCUCGUGUGUGAUAUGCGGUUCAGUCGGCAAUAAAUUGAAUGACAUUAGGGAAGUGUUGGACGCCAUCAACGGUGACCAACUCACGGACCGGGAGUUCCGGGAAUUAUUGCUGUUUAAGGAUAGCGCCAAAAAUUCCAGCACAUGUGGCUUCACAAUCGCCGGGUUUGCUGUACUCAACAAGUCUACACUUAUAGCGGUUUACAUUAAUUACUUUAUUACUUAA